AAAAGUUGAGAUUCAUCACACAAAAGGUCGCCCGAUUGGAAACAUAUCCGCAAUGGCGUCCGUUUACAAAUCCGUGUCGAAAACAAAGACAAAUGGCUCGGCGCGCGAUGAAGAUGCCGACAACAAACCAAAAAACCGACAGAGGUUGCUGAUUCUAAGCUCAAGAGGUGUCACAUACAGACAUCGCCAUCUGCUGUCCGAUCUACACUCCCUCCUCCCGCACAGUCGAAAAGACGCAAAACUCGACACCAAGACCCAACUGCAUCAGCUGAACGAGCUCGCCGAUCUUUACAACUGCAACAAUGUCAUGUUCUUCGAAGCGCGCAAGGGCAAGGAUCUUUACAUCUGGCUCAGCAAACCGCCGAACGGCCCAACCCUGAAAAUGCACUGUCAAAACGUCCACACAAUGGAAGAGCUGAAUUUCACUGGCAACUGCCUCAGAGGCUCACGGCCAAUCCUGAGCUUCGACAAAACGUUUGAGGAGAGUGCGCAUUUGCGCGUGGUGAAGGAGCUGUUGACACACUCGUUCGGUGUCCCGCAGUCCAGUCGCAAAGUCAAGCCUUUUGUGGAUCACGUCAUGGGCUUCACGGUCGCAGGCGGUCGUGUAUGGAUUCGAUGCUAUCAAAUCGCCGAAACCGAAUCCGGCAAGAAAAAGCCAGCAGACGGGGCAGAAGAUGAUGGAGAUGAGGAGAAGGCAGGCUCCGCAGCGAAACCCUCUACCACACUUCCCUCAUCGAAAGCCAAGCCAGGAGAGACCGCCAUUUCUCUUGUCGAGAUCGGCCCGCGCCUCGUUCUGACGCCCAUCGUCAUCCUCGAAGGUAGUUUCGGUGGACCGGUCAUCUACGAGAACAAGGAGUUCAUCUCGCCAAACCAGAUCCGUUCUGACCUCCGUAAAAGCAAAGCUGGCCGAUACAACCGCCGCGCCGAGGACACCAAAGGCCGCCAGGCACGACAGCGCGAUCUCGGUCUUCGGUCUGGCGAAGGUCCGCGCGAAGUCGACGAGCUGGAUUCUCGCGUUUUGUUCGCUUGAGAACAUUUUGCUUUUUCUCUAUAUGCUGCGGUUUAGCGAGGGCGUUGCUGUUUUACAUGGUCUCGUUUUGAGAAUGGCCAGAGCGGCUGAUAGACGAUCUCUGUCCUCGGUCCGUUUUUGCAUGUGUUGAUAACGAUGGGCGAAUGUGCGCGAUCGCGGCGGAGAAGGAACAACAACAAAGUGCAUCUAGUCAUACAGCAAUCUGCGCGAUGGGAUGUGUUGAAACUUCAGAGAUAUGAAAUCUAUGUUGGCAAGAAACCCAGAUCUAAAAAAAACCGUAUUCGCCGUCAAAUAUCGUUUGUUACAAAGUCUAUUGCAUGACAACCUCAUCAAUUAUUCGAUAAUUCAUACAAUCGCUAAAUCCAUGCCCUCAUCGCUGCGCCUGGAAAAACCACCCAUCCAAA